AUAUUGUUUCGUAUUUUCUAACAGUUAAAGCAAUCAAAGGAUUUUCAAUGAUUUUAUAGGACUAAUGCUAAUUAACAUCAAUUGAGUCUCAAGCGUGCUUUCGUGCUUCUUGAAGGAGGUUAGUUCAAACCCCUGGCAACCUUGCCUUCGGUUACUUUCGGCUACAUCGCGCUCUCACGGAGGCCUUCGCAUUCCCUUUCCGCAGCGUGUUCUCUCUGUGAUUACUAAAGGCUUGUGACCAGAUAUGGCUGAUGAAGGGUACGUUGUACGAAUCAGGGGUCUCCCUUGGUCCUGUUCGGUGGAUGAAGUGCAACGAUUUUUCUCAGAUUGUAAAAUUCUUGGCAAUGGCGGCGGCAUCCACUUCACUUCCACAAGGGAGGGUCGUCCCAGUGGAGAGGCAUUUGUCGAGCUGGAAGCAGAAGAAGACCUCAAGCACGCCUUGAAGAAGGACAGAGAAACUAUGGGGCACAGAUAUGUAGAGGUGUUUAAAUCAAACAAUGUGGAGAUGGAUUGGGUCAUGAAGCACACUGGUCCAAACUGUCCAGAGACAGCCGGCGAUGGGCUUGUACGAUUACGAGGUCUCCCCUUUGGCUGCAGCAAAGAGGAGAUAGUCCAGUUUUUCUCAGGGUUGGAAAUCGUGCCAAAUGGGAUAACUUUGCCGGUGGACAUCCAGGGGAGGAGUACGGGGGAGGCCUUCGUGCAGUUUGCUUCACAAGAUAUAGCUGAAAAGGCUCUAAAGAAACACAAGGAAAGAAUAGGGCACAGGUACAUUGAGAUCUUCAAGAGUAGCCGCGCCGAGGUGCGAACUCAUUAUGAACCCCAGCGGAAGCCCAUGAGCAUGCAGAGACCGGGGCCGUACGAUCGGCCUUCUGGUACACGGGCUACAACAAUGAUGAACCGGGGCAGCUCCUACGACCGCAUGCGCCGCGGAGGCUACGGAGGAGGUGUGUCGAGCGGACGAAGAAGUGAAAUCCGAUUUGGUGUUUCGGACAGCCGAUACAACGACGGCGGUGGCUCGUCCUUCCAGAGCACAACGGGCCACUGCGUCCAUAUGAGGGGGCUUCCUUACAGAGCCACAGAAUCGGACAUCUACAUUUUCUUCUCCCCAUUGAAUCCGGUGCGCGUUCACAUUGAGGUCGGCCCCGACGGCAGGGUGACCGGGGAGGCUGAUGUUGAGUUUGCAACACACGAGGACGCUGUGGCUGCCAUGUCCAAAGACAAAGCCAACAUGCAGCACCGCUAUGUGGAGCUGUUCUUAAACUCAACAGCAGGUGGCAGUAACGGCACAUACAGCAGCCAGAUGAUGGGCGGUAAGUAUGGCUUGCAGCAGUCCACUUCUUUUUGCGGCCAGUUGAGCUCCGGCUAUUCAGGUGGCUACAGCAGCCAAGGGAACAUGGGUGGCUACAGUGAUUAUAGUAACCAGGGCGGAAUCGGAAGCAGUUACUAUGGUGGUGGUGGUGGUGGAGGGGGCGGCAGUAGCAGAAGUUCCAUGAAUGGACUCAGUGGGGGUUGGGGCAUGUAGGCUUUUUUUUUUUUUCUUUCCUUUUUUACCGUUGUUGUACCAUUUAGUUUUUUGUACGCGUGUGUGUUACCUCGCCAUUUUGCUGCAAUCAAAUGUCUCACCCAUAAAAUAAAGGUUAAGGUGCGGUUGUGAACGUAUUGCAUUUGUGGGCUUUGUAAAGAAUUUUUUACACUGCAUGGUCCAGAGAAUAGAAAAGUCUAGCAUUGUCUGCUAUCACAGUUGUGACCUGUACGUUCCUCUGUCUUAAGGGGGCUCCAUUUUCAAUACUGGGUUUGGUCUGUUAUUUCUUCAGACACUCUUGUAUUGCUGACGUUCUACCACAUUUUGUAAGAGUGCACGAACAAACGUAAUGUUUUAGACCUUGUUUAAGCUUUCUCAACAACACUUUUGUUUAAUUUACAGUGCUAAAAUGUAAAUCAAAAUUCAAAUGGACAAUUGCAGCAUACUUGAGGUGACUAAUUGCGAGGCACUUUUCUUGACGCGAACCAUCGGGAGCAAGUCAAUCUGGAAUCAGUUGACAUGACCUGUCUUCUGCCUGUAAUGCUAUUUGUAUUUUCUGUAAGCAAAGUGAAUAACUAGUUGGACUGUCAUGAAAA